UCCUGUGAGUCUGCGCGGGAAGACGAAACUGCCCGGAACCGCGCGGAGAAAACUGCUCCGCGAGGUUUGUCCCCGGCAGGCGCGUGCUGCUCUGGUCCCGUCUCGCCUCUGGCUUCGCGGCACCGCCACCGCCGCCAUGCUCAUGAAAGGCCGCUUUCCCAUCCGCCGCACCCUGCAGUACCUGGGCCAGGGGGACGUUGUAUUCAAGGACUCGGUGAAGGUCAUGACGGUGAAUUACAACACGCACGGGAAGCUGGGCGAAGGCGCCAGGAAAUUUGUGUUUUUCAACAUACCUCAGAUCCAAUACAAAAACCCUUGGGUGCAGAUCAUGAUGUUUAAGAACAUGACACCAUCACCCUUCCUUCGAUUCUAUUUAGAUUCUGGUGAGCAGGUUCUUGUGGAUGUGGAGACCAAGAGCAAUAAAGAGAUCAUGGAGCACAUCAAAAAAAUCCUGGGGAAGAAUGAGGCAACCCUCAAGAGAGAGGAGCAGGAGAAAAAGCAGCUUUCUCACCCAGCUCACUUUGGACCUCGAAAGUAUUGCCUGCGGGAGUGCAUCUGUGAGGUGGAAGGGCAGGUGCCCUGCCCAGCCCUGGUGCCGCUGCCCAAGGAGAUGACAGGGAAGUACAAAGCAGCUCUGAAAGCUAGUGCCCAGGACUAAAGCCCCAGGCCUGUAGGCUAGGAUUACCUUGGCCACAGGGACCUGGCUCUGUCCCGAUAGACUGAAAAUAAAAUGCCCCUUAAUCACUCCA